AUGAGGAUGUUGGACAAUAUAAACAGGGGCAUUAUUUCUUCAUCAGAAGUUAACGUAACCCAUAAAGGAAGAUACGUUUAUUUGGAAGCUUUGCUACAAGGAGGAGCGCCAUGGGGAUUUACAUUGAAAGGCGGUCUGGAGCAUGGGGAGCCAUUAAUCAUCUCCAAGAUUAAAGAAGGAGGGAAAGCAGAUUUACUGAACUCUGAGCUGCAGCCUGGAGAUGAAGUGGUGAACAUCAAUGAGGUGGAUCUAAGCAGUUCCAGGCAGAAAGCCAUUGCUUUAGUGAAAAACUCAUGCAAGACAUUGAAACUGGUUGUCCGCAGGGAUACAUUUGCAGCAAAGGGACAUACUGACAUUACAGCUUCCCGUUCCCUCAGUUCAGAGUGUCUCAGGUCUGACUUGCAGUUCAGCAAACCAGCAUGGCCAGGUGGAGUUAAACUACGUCUACAGAACAGACGAAGUGACCCUGUGGGCCGGCCGCACUCCUGGCAUCCAGCCAAGUUCAUAGAGAACCAACCCGAUCUCAGUAUGAUGCAAAUAUCUCAGGGUAUGAUUGGCAGUCCUUGGCAUCAGGCCUACCAUUCCAGUUCCUCCACGAGUGAUCUCUCUAGCUACGACCAUGGCUAUUUAAGAAGAAGCCCUGACCAAUACAGCUCCAGGGGGAGCAUGGAGAGUUUGGAACAUACCCCGGCAGGGUACUCCCAUCAUCCCUGCCACCUUUCGCCAGCUAAAUCCACCAAUAGCAUUGACCAGCUUGCCCACCUCCACAGCAAGAGGGACUCUGCAUACAGCUCUUUCUCAACCAACUCCAGCAUCCCUGAAUAUCCAGCCCCUAUGUUCUGCAAGGAGAGGUCCUACUCCAUGGAGAACGUGCAUUCCAGGAGCAGACCGCAAGAAGGGGGAAUGCGGCAGGCGGACAUCAGGUACAUCAAAACGGUCUACAAUGCCCAGCGAGGGGUUUCAGAGGAAUACGAAGUGAAGUCCUCUGCUCUUUCGCCGAGCUGUGAGGCCCAGGCUAAAGGUUACGGCUCCAGCAUGUUGCAUGGCUACAGCAAAGGACUACAAACUCGGAGUUCAUCGGACAGCGAGACCCAGUAUAUGAAGGGGCCUCCCAUGCCGCCCACCCGUAGCGAUAGUUAUGCAGCAAUAAGGCACCACGAAAGGCCCAGCUCCUGGUCGAGUCUUGAGCAUAGGAAGUCCGGUAGGACUCAUCCCAAAAGUGGUUGGCCUCACCUGGGCCAAGGCACUCCUCCUCCGGGGCAGCUCCAGAAACCGGCAUUCUUAGAAGGACAGCUCCACACGGUGAUGGAGAAGAGCCCAGAGAGCAGCCCCAAAAUGAAACCCAAACAGGUCUACUCACAGGCAGCUCAGCCAGGGCAGACUUUGCUGCCUACUGGCGUUUACCCUGUACCGUCUCCUGAGCCACACUUUGCCCAGGUUCCUCACCCUUCUGCAAGCAGUAGUGGGAUGCUUUAUCCAGCGCUUGCCAAAGAGAGUGGCUAUGCACCGCCCCCUGCUUCUUCUCCAGCUUCCUAUGAAAAUGCUGCUGCCUGCAGACAACAUUCUGGCUUGGAUGAGAACGGAAACCAAAGCAUUCCUAACAAGGCUGCCAUCUUCUAUCAGCCUGACUAUGUGUCAUCGACGGCAGGGAAAAAGAAGGAAGUGGGGGAGACAGCUACAAAAUUUGCCUUGUACAGAAGCCAUCCUCAAGCCUAUCCCACAUCUCCAAGACAGGAUGAAUCGGAGCCCCUUUAUAUGGCAACAUCCAUAAUCCAGGAAAGCGCAAGAAUUGCACAGCACUUGAACCACGGCUCUCAGCCAUGGCAGUCUCACCUGAGGGAUGUGAGUGACAGCAAGGCCCACUACCACUCGAAGGAGUAUGGUUCAGGAGAGCAGCAAGAGAGCAAGAACGCUAGCCUGCAGAAAAGCGAGAGAGAUUCCACAGCACAAAACCAGUGGAGCUCCAGUAAAGCCAAGCAGUACAGCUUUUCCUCCUUGCAAAACAUUCCAGAGAGCACCAAGUUGCAAAACAGCAUAGAUCUGAAGGAGGCACAACAGUGUAAGAGGUACUCUGGUGCCAAGUGGAACUUCGGAAGUUACAGCAGCCAAGAAGAGAAGGAUUGUCAGGGACAGAUCCCUGAGCACUGGCAGGACACAGAAUGGCAAGUCAUAGGAGGACGCCAGGAUGCUGUUGCUAGCACAGAGCAUACCUAUGGUGUGGAGCCAAAGUAUGAGGAACCCUCUUCUCCCUUGCCCCAAAAGACAUCCGAGUUCAGCGUUCGUCGGCUCAGUUCUAGCAGCACCCAAAGCUUUCAGAACUCUCAGUAUGGCAAAAUGGAACCUAGGAAGCCACGAUGCUCAGUUCUAGAGAAGGUCAGCAAGAUAGAGCAGCGUGAACAAGGCAGCCAGUGGCCGCAAAGUUUGACUGUGAACAGUUUUGGCCAGAAUUACGGGUCAAACAAGCCCAGCCUUAACAGCAUUGAAGAUAUCCGCAAUCGGCUUAACUCUCAGGAGCAUGGUCAGCUGCUGGGUGAACAUGGCAGGCUGGCCAGCACAAACAGCUCAGACCUGACCCCAUAUAUGCCACACGCAAGUGAAAGAGGGACGGGCAAACAAGAGAGGGCUAAUUGGCUCUCUGCAGAGCAGCCAGUGGUAGCCACAACAGCACAGCAGAGCAUGUAUCGCAGUGAGCCUUCUGAAAACGAAUCACAGAAACAGACUGGGAAGCUACAACGGAGCAGAAGCGCAUUCCAGUUGCCGGAGGAACCUGAGAAGGAAAUCUUAUGGAAGGGUAAUGUUCAGGAUUCGAACGGCUCACAGCUGGACAUCCCCUUUAACAGGGCUUAUAGGAACAGCAUUAAAGAUGCCCAAUCGAGGGUUUUGAGAGCCACCUCCUUUAGACGCAAGGACCUCACCAUUAGCCCUCCAUUUGGAAAGGAGCCCAAAAGGAGCAUACAGAGGCCAGCUUCGGCACAUGUUGGGAUGAGGAGCUCUGCAGCAUCUCCACAUACCCCAAAGGAGAGACAUAGCAUUACACCAACAGAGACGAAGCUUGGUUAUACCAAUAAAGAGAGUCUUGCUGGACCUUUGCACAAACCCCGUAUUGGGGGUAGGAAGCGUCUGACGGCUGAGCAGAAGAAAAGGUCUUACUCUGAGCCAGAGAAAAUGAAUGAAGUGGGCGUGUCUGACCAUGAGCUCUCGCCUUUCUCCCUUCAGAAGAAAAUCCUGCAGUUUGUUUUCCCAGAAAAAACUGUGGCAGACAGACGCAAGAUCUUUGAGAGGGAGAACAAGGCGUCCUCCACCGUCAAUCUCUCCAAGCCGGAGCUGAAGCAGCUGCAGCAAAACGCUCUGGCGGAUUACAUUGAACGCAAAACUGGGAAACGCCCAUCUUCUGCAUCCCACGAUGCCAGCCUCCUGCGUGAGGGCCCUCAGACCCCAUACCUGCAAACAGGUGGCCAAGAGGGCCAGUCUCUUUCAGCAGCUUCCAGCAUGAAUUCUCUUCAGGAUCAGAGUCUUUACCAUCGUAGAGAGUCCCUAGAACACGUCUCUAGAACGGGACAUGGCUUUGCUAGCCUCCCUCCCGGGCUUACUGGUUGCUUUGAUCUCAAUGGGUUUGAGAGCAAGAAGGCAGCCCAUCCAAACAAUAGCAGCAACAACAGCUCCUUUCUCAAUUGGCUGAAGAUAGCUCGACGACAUGAUCACAGAGCCAAUCCGGAGCUCACUAAAAGCACUCAGACUGAUCUUGACAUAGGCAGCCAUGAUAACCACGCCCCCGAGAAGAAGCCAGUGCUGACCAAAACGCCUGGGAAGUCAGCCUCUGCAGAAGACUUGCUGGAGAGGUCAGAAAACCAGGCAGUUGCUGUGCACAUCCGAUCCAGGUCAUCUCCCACAGCUGAUAAGAAGUGUCAGGACUUGCUGAUGGGAGACAAUAUUGAGUUCAGUCGUUUUGUGAAAGAUCCUUUCUACGUAGUGGGCGCUGGCACCAGAUUAUUUGGCAGUAAAGAAAGAGGUCAAAUGGAGACAUCAGCAUUCACACAAUAUCAUCCUCACCUUUGCCGUAGCAAUGACAGUGUCAGUAAUUCAUCUGUGCUGAACGAGAGCCAGAAAGCUCCAGAUCUCCUCAGGCAUCUCGGCAGAACUUCUGCCUUUGCCUCACCUUCAGCAGAUACGAAGGGUCAUCACCCUGAUUUUAAGCUAGGUGCCAGACAUAUUACUCCUUCCAGAUUUGGCUGGUCUAACGCUGCUAACUCCACACCAGCUUCCUUGGAUUUCCCAGUGGCUGGAGAAGACCUCAUAACAAGAUGGCAACCCAAACUCAAACCCGACAAGGGCAACAAUAGUAACAUUCAGCCCCAGAUUUUGGAGAGUGCCGACUGUCCGCCCAAGGAGCCAGUAGAAGCAGCAGCUUGGAGUUGGAAGGCUACCCUGCCUCAGAGACAUCUCCCGCCUAAAAUUAAAUGUGUGAAAGAUGAUGGCCUUCCCAAGAGCUCCAUGCCUCCUCAGACAUCUGGGCAGAAGUCCUUCCAAAGGUGGCAAAGCCUUCCUUCGCAAAGCAGCUCCUGUUCUGAGCCAGAGAGUGCUUCUGGUCAAGGGAGACUCUCACUCCACAUCUCGGAAUCUGGUCUGCAGAUGUCCCCUCCGCUGCUCCAUCGAGACGAGGAUGAUGAUGACGUUUUCUUCAAAGAGCCUCCUGCUACGUCUGAGCAUUUACCCCCUCCAUUGCCUCUGCUUCCUGCACUGAGUCCCAGUACCGUUGCAUGCACCAUGGAAGGAUUUCCACCUCCUCCUGCCCCUACCCUGGAAGCAGAUGAGACGGCAGCAAAGAAAUCUACAAAUCUCGGAGAGGAGAGUUCUGUAAUAAGAAAUCUUAAAAAGUUUCCCAGGAAUUCCAGUGAGAGGGAGAAGGCAGAAGCAAACAUCUUCAUCACCAUAAGUAGCGGUGCUGCUCCACCUACUGAGACCUCAGGAUCCAAUGCGAAUGGCGUUACACCUUCCUUGGAAGUGCAGCAGCACCCUCUGACCAUGCAAGGGCCAACUGAUGAAACACCUGCUGGUCAACCUAUAGAGCCCAUCCUUGCAAGUAGGGCGCCUGAAAAUGUUGGGCCUGGCCCCGAGAGUUACACAGGGAAGAUGAAGACUCCAGAGGAUAUGAAGGAGGAAGCCUUAGCUAAGGAGAUUAUCCACAAGGACAAGUCACUAGCCAGCAUCCUGGAUCCUGAUUCCAAGAUGAAGACCACCAUGGACUUGAUGGAAGGAAUAUUUCCCAGCGGGACGAGGAUACUUAAAGAGAACUCGAAGAGGAAAAUAACGCAGAAAGCGACCAAUGGUUCUGCCAGUAACUCUGUUCCAGAUGAUAACAAGAAAGACAAGAAGGAAACUGUCACGACGUUGGUCUCAUGCCCAGCGUACUACAAUGUGUCUGUACCCAAAGCUGAACUCCUGAACAAAAUCAAGGAUUUGCCCAAAGACGCAGAUGGAGAUGAAGAACAGGUGGGCAUCAAUGAAAAAAAGGCUGAACUUAUUGAGAGCUUAUCCCACAAGCUGGAGACUCUAAAAGAAGCCAAGGAAACCCUGCUGGCGGACAUCAAGCUCAACAAUGCCUUGGGAGAAGAAGUAGAAGCCUUGAUCAGUGGCCUGUGCAAGCCCAAUGAGUUUGAAAAAUAUAGGAUGUUCAUUGGAGACCUGGAUAAGGUAGUGAGCCUCUUGCUUUCGCUCUCAGGACGCCUGGCCCGGGUGGAGAAUGUUCUCGGCAGCCUCGACAAAGAUGCUGAUAAUCAAGAACGGAGCUCUCUGAAUGAAAAGCGAAAAAUGCUGGCAGGCCAGCAUGAGGACGCCCGCGAGCUGAAGGAGAACCUGGACCGCCGAGAGCGCGUGGUCUUGGACAUUUUGUGCAAUUAUCUCCCAGAAGACCAGCUUCAGGACUACCAGCAUUUUGUGAAGAUGAAAUCUGCGCUGCUCAUACAACAGCGUGAGCUGGAUGACAAGAUCAAACUCGGUCAGGAGCAGCUCAAGUGCCUUUCGGAGAGUCUCCCCACGGACUUCACCCUUAGGAGCAACAUGGCAUCCGAGCCUCCGACGACCCCCAAUGGAACCAGCAGUAACAGCAGGCCUCCACCUCCAUCGUCUUCACUCUGACCCCUCUCAGAUGGGGCUGUGUCAAAACCUUCUCCUCGAGUUUAUUUAAUCAGACAGAGAUUUUAACUUUUUUAAUUGAUGGUGGGUUAAAAAAUUUUUUUUUUUUAAAAAAAAGAAUUAACAUAGGGAAAAUAAACAGCAUGGAAGCUUUCUUUUUCUUCUCCUGAGAUUACAACGUAAACCUGUUUGAAUCGACGCGAGAAGAGACUCUAUUCUUGUGGCU